AUGAUAGUAUAUAUAUUUUUAUUGGUGUUGGGGGCUCUGUUGUGAUAUAUUCUAAGAAUAAAUAUUAAAGAAUUUGUUUUAGUGUGGUUGUUGAUAAGGGUUUCACUGUCAGUAACUUUAAUACUUUAUUUAAUAGGUUUGUCAUUUCUAAGGUUUUGUGUAUAUAUAGGGGCGGUUGCGGGGGUGGUGGUUCUUGUUGCUUACUGUGUCGCUUUAACAUCUUUUGUUCGACGGAUUGAAAAAGUUGGCGUUGUAGAGGCGGGGUUGGGUUUAAGGGUGCGAGAUGUUUUUAUUUUGGUUUUUAUUGGUUUGGUUUGUGCUAAAAGUUUUUCCUGUGUGCCGAAAGAGUCUUUAUUUUUACCAAAGUUCUUUUUAAAGGAGUUAGAGGGAGGAAUAGAUUGCUUAAAUCUGUCUUUGCAUAUAGAAUGAGGAAUAUUAAUUAUUUAUUUAUCUGUCCAUCUUCUAUUAGUAAUAGUUUGUUCAGUAACUAUAGUAAGGGUUACUAGUGGUCCGUUGGCUCGUAGUAAAGCUUUAAGAAAGAACUAG